CAUGCGCAUUGGAGUUCCACCACACACGUGUACCAUGGAGCCAACAGCAGGAGAUCAAGUGCCAUUAGACCUUCUUCAGGUGAAGAAGGCCGUGCAGGCAUUGCAGGCUUUUUUGAAGAGCUCCUCAAGCCAGAAGACUCUUCUCAACGAAACGAAACACAUUUCUCUCCUCAUUACCUUUUGGAAGAUCCCCAAACAAGAGCAGACCAUUCGCAUUCCUCUGCCUCAUUCUAUCCGCAACGAUUCUGUCGAGGUUUGCCUCUUCACACGGGAUGAACCCAACAUGACAGCAGAUCAGACAGAAAGGUUCUACAAGAAAUUACUCACACAGAGCGGCGUCAAGUUUAUGCCUCAGGUGAUUCCUUACAAAGUACUGAAGACUGAAUAUAAGCCCUAUGAAGCGAAGAGGAAACUGCUCAGCAACUUCGACAUCUUCCUGGCAGACGCACGUAUUCGCCGUCGGGUACCGUCCCACAUUGGGAGACAUUUUUAUGAGAGGAAGAAGGCUCCUUUGUCUGUCGAUCUGACGAGCAAGAACAUGGCCAGAGACUUGGAUAGACUCGUUCAGGGCACAACUCUCACCGUCAACAAAAAAGGCUCCUGUUGCACGGUGCGUAUAGGACAGUCGGGAAUGACUACAGAUGAGAUUGUUGAGAACAUAGUUACAGCUGUUGGCACCUUUUCAACAAAGUUACGCAUGAAAGGAAAAAGCGUAAAAAUCAUCCACCUGAAAAGUCACACCUCUGUGUCUCUUCCCAUCUACACCUCUGACCUGAGUCACCUGACGGUCCUGGAGGAGGAGAUGAAGAAAGCACGAUUAGCAAAGGGGGACAAGGCCAAGCCGAGGGGCAAAAAGAAAUCUGGUUUAAAGCAGAAGCGUCGUGAUAAUAAACAAACAGCAGUUGAAAAGGAUGUCAAGUGUGGAGGUGGUGAUGAAGAGGAGGAGGUUCCUCAACUGGUGCCUAUUGAGUCUCCUAGCAAAAAGCCCAAGCUUGAGGCUGUGUCCAGAAAGGGGUCAAAGAAAGUGCCGAAGCCAGCUGCAACCAAAACCGGCCAGAAACCUAGACAAGGACAGAAGAAACUGAGCAAAGCGACACCAAAAGCCCAGCAAAAGAAACAAAAAAAAGUGUCUGUCUGAAAAGCAUGUAUACAUAAAAACUUAUUUUCUUGCAACUGAUUCAUGUUUGUCAAUGCAAAGACAUUCAACAUUUCUGUAAAUGUUUUAUAUAGGUGUUUGUUCAUAACUGCUAUAGUUACACAUAGCAAAUGUGUAGAUAUACAAGAAAUAAACACUGUUUACACAUUUA